AUGGGGGACGUCGAUGUCGUGCUUAAGCGAGCUCAUACCAACUUGGGCGACUAUGAGGAAGGUGUGAUUGCGGAGGUCCUCGCAAGGCUACCGGUCAAAUCCUUGAUUCGAUUCCGGUGCGUCUGCAAGUCAUGGCGUGCUUUGAUCUCCGAUUCCUAUUUUGUAAAGAAACACCUCAGCUACGGAGAGAGAGGCAUCACCAAAAGCACUUACAGGCUCAUCAUUUUCAUGGAGGAUGAUAUCUCGACGUUGGAAAUCCUAGCCUUGAAAAAUAUGAAGGAUGAUGAUGAUGAUGAUGAUGAUGGCGAUGGUGCUGCGGGUGGUCAGUUUGCAGUCACUCAGCUGGAUUGUCCUGUAACGAAAACUAUCACUCGUUCCCGUUAUAGAGUUCUUGUUGGUUCUUGCAAUGGCUUGGUUUGUGUAGAACUUGACUCGGAGGUCAUUAUGCUAUGGAACCCUUGUACUAGAGACACCAAGCUUUUACCAAAACCUCCUCGAGUUAAAAAAUCCAAGUUUAUCUACUGCUUUUAUGGACUCGGGCAUGAUUCUGCUAGUGACGACUACAAAGUGAUACGGGGGUUCACUGAUGAUCGUGCUAAGAAAAUCAUGAUUCACAUCUUUUCACUGAAAUCAGGUUCAUGGAGGACUGUCGAAGACAUUGAUUAUGUUAGUGAUCUAAUGCGGCAGGGGUUGUUCUUAAAUGGAGCUCUGCAUUGGUUAUAUAGUCUACCCGAAGGGGGCUCCAGCAUUUUGUCUUUUGAUUUAGGGGCAGAGAAAUUUCAGAAGACAAUUCCGUUACCCUAUGAUGACUGGUUUCGUGAUCCCUUGAUUCAUAAAAAUUGUCUCUGUGUGCCUACUUGCCCAACUGGAACCAACAGUUUCAACAUAUGGAUGAUGAAAGAAUAUGGGGUCAAGGAAUCCUGGACUGAAGUCUUACAAUUUUCUUUGAUUGACGAGAAUAUUUAUGCAGAGCAUUAUGAUGAUUAUACACAACAUUUCAGGCCUGUGUGCAUGUUAGAGAAUGGUGUGGUUUUGGUUGACGAGAUGGGUCAUUAUGAAGACCUCAUGGUAUCAUCUAGGCUAUGUUUGGGGGGGCUUUUUUGCUCCCCUGCUUAUAAGCACAAGAGCAUCAUGCGUUUGGUAACUGAGCUUAUUCUCAGGCUUUAA